AGUGGCGGGAGGGCAUGCGGUGGCGGAGGGAGUGGAGGUCGCCGCCGGGGCAGAACUCCACGACAACGCAGGAGAAGCGCGGGGCGGCGUCGAAGUCGGCGAAGAGCGUGGGGAGGAACGGGUGGUCGAGCAGCCGCAGGAUGCGCUUCUCGGCGGCCGCCCGCUCCAGCUUGUGCUUCUUGGCCACGGCGCGCCGGUCCACCACCUUCAAGCAGGGGAUGCAGUGGCCCGCCCUUCUCCAGGCCCUAGCCCUCCGUCCCGGCGGCACCCCCUCGUUCCGCCUCACCGGCGUCGGCCCCCCGCAGCCGGACGAGACCGACGCCUUGCAGCAGAUGGGCUGGAAGCUCGCCCAGUUCGCGUACACCAUCCGCGUCGACUUCCAGUACCGCGGCCUCGGCGCCGCCACGCUGGCGGACCUGGAGCCGUUCAUGCUGCAGCCGGAGGACUCGAACGAGGAGCCCGAGGUAAUCUCCGUCAACUCAGUCUUCGAGAUGCACCGGCUGCUCGCCCAGCCCGGCGCCAUGGAGAAGGUCCUGGGCACCGUGCGCGCCGUGCGGCCGAGGAUCGUCACCGUGGUGGAGCAGGAGGGGAACCACAACUCCGGCACAUUCCUGGACCGCUUCACCGAGCACUACUACUACUCCACCAUGUUCGAUUCCUGGACUCGCUGCACUACUACUCCACCAUGUUCGAUUCCCUCGAGGGCGGCAGCUCCGGCGGCCCAUCCGAAGUCUCAUCGGGGGGCAGCUGUUGCUCCUGCCGCCGCCGGCACGGACCAGGUCAUGUCUGAGGUGUACCUCGGCCGGCAGAUCUGUAACGUGGUGGCCUGCGAGGGGGCGGAGCGCACAGAGCGCCACGAGACCCUGGGCCCGAGCGGGGUCGCAGGGGAGGAGGCCGAGAGCGCGCGGAUGGCCGCCCGCUCCACGUCGCCGGACCGGUGCGGCCGGAGCGCCGCGGACGGGCGCGGCGAGCACACGGUGGCCGCCGCCGCCAUGGCGGCCGACGGGGUGCAGUCGAAGGAGAGCCGUGACAGACUGGACAGGUGUGCUAUACUGCGGGUUGAUUAGAGAAAAUGGCAGGGGGCGUUUUGCAAAACUGCGUGCGAGACCGGGCCAGACACCUGGCUGCCACAUGUCGUUCUGUCAUUGGACUGGGACUAAAACAUCACAUGCAGUGCAAGUUGGGGUAUGGUGGGGUUGAUUUUUGUAAGUUUGGGACUA